AUGUCUAGUCGAUUGACAACACUGAGACACGUCCUCACCCAGCAGAAACGUCGUGUGCCUUGCGACAUCGAGCCAGGAAUAAAUUCUGUCUACAAAGGGUGGCCACAGCUAGACAGUUCCGGAAUCCGUAUUUGGGACGAAUUCGUCCUACCUAACCUUAACGCAAGCUACGGUCAUGUCCUCGACCUCGCCAUCCCAGAAGAACUGGUCGUAGUCCCUCAAUCUGAUCAGGCCCUUGGUGGGAUUUCCUUCACCAAAGAGGAGGACAUGAACUAUCUAGUUGGAUGGAACGAUGGGGUUUUGAAGAAGACUCUCCAGUUUGCCCAGGAGCACCUUAAACUUCAUCGUGGAAUCGUUCUGAACCACAGGGUCGUGGCAACCGACAGUUCGGCCCCUGUCAUAGUGUCGGAUGGGGACCGGAGAGCUUGGGUAACCCAUCUCAUCGAGCUGGAUAAUUACCCUGGGCCAACCCGCCUCGUGGUUGGCCUGGCGAGGUCAAGCUCAAAGUGGAGCGGGCGUGCCGUGGCGAGUCAGCUCGAGAAUGGGGUCAAGGUAGAGCACAUCUGGCCUCUCAGGCAGCUCGCAAACGCCUGUCAACUCGCUGGUACACCAUAUGGCUACAUCCAGACGGAUGAGGAACAGGUUGUUUGCCGGUUUGAUCUGAAUACCGCGGAGCUGAAGGUGGCCAUUAUGCCCAUCCCCUGGUCCCAGUACGACAGCACGGUUCUCACCACUGACCUAGCCCUCUGGUGGCUUUGCAUGCUGGCAAUGGCGAAUGUCGGCUCACCACCACCGUUCCGUGGUCAAGGAAGCCCAAGUGGUCGGGGUUGA